AGGUCGCUGAGCCCACUCCACCUCCUUCAUCUGCUAGAGGUUAAAAGAGAGCAAGGGCAAAGCCCCAGGCACUGGGACCUACUUGGCCUUCUAGAGAAGAUGAAGCUCCUCCUGUUCCUGCUGGCCUUCUCUCUGCCCCCCAGGACAGAGGCAGGGGAGAUCGUCGGCGGACAUGAGGUCAGGCCCCACUCUCGACCCUACAUGGCAUAUCUUCAGAUCAUGGAUCAGAUUACUCCGAAGACGUGUGGUGGCUUCCUAAUACGAGAGGACUUUGUGCUGACUGCUGCUCACUGUUCAGGGAGCUUAAUCAAUGUCACCUUGGGGGCCCACAACAUCAAAGAAGAGGAGAAGACCCAGCAGAUCAUCCCUGUGGCAAAAACCAUUCCACACCCCACAUAUAACGCUAAGAAAAUCCUUAAUGACAUCAUGCUGUUAAAGCUGGAGAAGAAGGCCAAGAGGACUAAAGCUGUGAAGCCCCUCAACCUGCCCAGGCGUAAUGUCCAGGUGAAGCCAGGGGAUGCUUGUUACGUGGCUGGUUGGGGAAGGAUGUCCCCAACGGGCCUCUUUCCCAAAACACUACAAGAGGUAGAGCUGACAGUCCAGGAGGAUGAGGAGUGUGAGUCCCACCUUCAAGGCUAUUACAACAAAGCCGUUGAGAUCUGUGCGGGGGACCCAAAUAUCAAGCGUGCUUCCUUUAGGGGGGAUUCUGGAGGGCCUCUCGUGUGUAAAAAAGCAGCUGCAGGCAUCGUCUCCUAUGGACGUGCUGAUGGUUCAACUCCAAGAGCCUUCACCAAAGUGUCAAGUUUCCUAUCCUGGAUAAAGAAAACGAUGAAACGCAACUAACUACAGUGCAAACCAGACCCCUCCCUGACUCACCAUCACUACAGCUGAG